GGGCUGUCACUGCGGCGGAGUCGCGGCGGCGCCGCCAUCGCGGGCAGAUGCAGGCGAUCAAGUGUGUGGUGGUGGGCGACGGAGCUGUAGGGAAGACCUGCUUGCUGAUCAGUUACACCACGAAUGCCUUUCCUGGAGAGUACAUCCCCACUGUGUUUGAUAACUAUUCUGCCAAUGUCAUGGUAGAUGGAAAGCCAGUGAAUCUCGGCCUCUGGGAUACAGCAGGACAGGAGGAUUAUGACCGACUGCGGCCUCUUUCCUAUCCACAGACGGAUGUUUUCUUGAUCUGCUUCUCCCUUGUGAGUCCAGCCUCCUUUGAGAAUGUCAGAGCCAAGUGGUACCCUGAGGUCCGACACCACUGCCCAAAUACACCUAUCAUCUUGGUGGGCACCAAGCUGGACUUAAGGGAUGAUAAGGACACCAUUGAAAGGUUACGUGAUAAGAAGCUGGCUCCCAUCACCUACCCCCAGGGUUUGGCCAUGGCUCGGGAGAUUGGCUCGGUAAAGUACCUUGAGUGCUCUGCCCUGACACAGCGGGGCUUGAAGACGGUGUUUGAUGAAGCCAUCCGGGCUGUGCUCUGCCCGCCGCCCGUGAAGAAGCCUGGCAAAAAGUGCACCAUGUUCUGAGGGCUGUGGCCUAGGUGCUGGCUCAGCAUGCUGUUGUCCUCCGACAGAUUGCGUAUUAGCUGGGUGUUUCUGGAGGGGGCUGGGAUGUGUAGGGCCCUUCAUCAUGUACGAAGUCAGUGUUUUUUAAAUGUCUCUUUGAUUUAACGUCAGUGUUGAUGUGAAGGGGCAGUGGGGGCAGGAGACUAGCUGGGGGCUGUACAGCCCUCAGGAAAGUACAAUGGGGAAGGCAAGAUAGCUCCUUGGGGCAACAGGCUGUUUUGGCUCUCCUGAACUCCAAGCUGAAAGGGCUGAGAAACCCAUCCUGUGCUGGAAACACCUGUGUUUCAUCUGCGGUGUGACACGUGCUGAAGAUCCUUGUGGGAGUGGGAAGGAAGCUGAUGUAAGUGGUGGUGAAUGACGAGAGCAGCUGGAAGAGUAGAAGGGUCUCCUUGCCCAGCCUCCUGUGGCUAACAGUUAACAAAUUGGUGCUCUAUCAGAUACGUGCCUGAGACUGUUGAAGGAAUCAUAACCAGCCCCAGAAAGGGGUCAAAGUAAACGAAAUGUGAAGCUGAAGAACUAAUCAUUAGGUGCUUAAUUGGAUACUAGCCAAACUCAGUGAGUGAAACAGCCUUGUGCAAUCAAUGCAUUUGCCUUUUUGUGUGCACACCCUAGGACAGCAUGGUGCUGCUCCCCCCCAUCAGUCUUUAGCAGGGCCUCCCCCCACAAUCCAGUCUCUGCAGAGCAGGGCUGAGGUUGUUGCCUCUGUUUUGUUUUUUUCUACUAAAGAGAGCAAAGGAAGCAAUGAGGUGUCUGCUAACUUCUUCUUUCCCUUCCCAAGGAAAAUGCAGGCAGGCUUUAUGGGUUUGGAUGGAACAGGGAAAGCUUCUGAAGGGUUGUGUUUGUAGGGGGGAAUAGGGUUGGAAGAAAGACAGAUCCAAUUUCUAAUCAUCAUGUAGAGUGAUAAGAUAAAACCUUAUUUGGUGCAAUAAACAUUCUCCAUGACAGCA